UUUUUUUUUUUUUUUGUGAAAUUUCAGGGCAUUUGUCGAUGAACCCUGUUGAGAGGCCGAAUCGUUGUGCUAUUGUUGGCGAGGUUGCACCAGAGAAAAAGGUUGAUUCGGCUGUGAAGAGAGCUUGCCAAGCCGAGAAAAGGCGCAUUUACAACAAAUCCAGGAAAUCCGAGGUCAAAACUCGGAUGAAAAAGGUUCUCGAAGCACUGGAUGCACUCAUGACAAAACCUGAGCCACAACCUGACGAAGUCCUUCCAAUCGAAAAACUGAUCGGAGAGGCAUGCUCAGUGAUUGACAAAGCAGUGAGAGUGGCAACAUUGCACAGGAACACAGGUGCCCGCAGAAAGUCUCAGCUUGCCAGAAGAAAGAAGGCUGUUGAGGUCCGUCAUGGAUGGUACACGCCUACUCCUGCAGCAACUGCUUCAUAGAUCCCUCUUGUUUGGUCAUUAAUUUGGGCUGGCAGUUUGUGGCAAAAAUCUGUUUUGCGUAAUGCAGAUGACAAUGUCAUUUUGUUAUAUUUGAGAUUGUAGUUUCUUCUGGUGCAUAUAAUUCACACCCUCUUGUAGGUCAUUAUAUAAUGUUGACUGCAAACACUGAUUCUAGUUUUGUCAGCCUGUUUUAGGUCUUUGCUGAGUUGUAGAACUUUUUGAGGUUAAAUCUUGCUUCAAGAACAUGGAAGGCUCAAGACAGAGGAUUGAUUUUGUUUACUGGAGUGCUUACAUGUUUAAUCAUGGCAGAUUAACAGUUUGUGUUAA